CACUCAUCAGAGAGAGUCGUUCAAACUUAACAGCUCGUCCACGAACUGCUCCUCAAACACAGACUCCCGUCCCCGCUGCUGGAGUCCGACCCUGAGCUGGAGGUGAGCGGCCGGUCAGCCUCCUGUUGCAAUGGAUGCCUGUGCACGUAUUAGAGGAGUCCCCCUAAGGACCAGGGUUCGGAAAGAGACUGUGCGUGACACUGGGGCGCAGUGUGUGAAGAGCCUCUUCAGGAACAGAAAGGAGCUAUGCAGCGUUGGCCUGGAGCUGCAGACCAGAGACACCACAAGACUGACAGAGAUUCACUUCGUCUGCCUGCCGGGUCAGUGUGAAGGGGAGGAUGUCACCCAGCAGGCUCUGUCGUCACUUCCAGCAGGACUGUGCGAGCUCCUCAGGUCUCUCCACGUUCACGGCCUGAAGAACGACGAGGUCCUGCUGCUCAGAGACUCCCGCAGGCUGGCAGAGUACAAGGACGCCGGGCCGCAGUGUUGGUUAAAGGCCGUGUGUGUGCUGAGGCAUAACCCCAGCACCAGCGUCUACCCUCAGGCCACUGUAGCAUCUCUGGUGAGCUUGCUGGGAUGCUACAUGGCAGGCGUCCGCUAUGCUCUGGAGCUUCAGGCUCUGCAGAGGGGCACAGCUGAGCCCAGCCAGCCUGAGGAAGACGACACCAACCAGUCGGUGUCAUCGAUCGAGGACGACUUCGUCACCGCCCUGGAGCAUCUGGAGGAGGAUGACGCUGGAGACAAUCCCUCUGCAUCUUCUUAUCGUCCUUUCAAAAGGCGUGACGUUGCAUCACAGACCAUCCCAGCCCACAGGAGGAAAAAGGAACUAUCAGGCGCCCGUGUAAUCAUCGGCUCCUCUUCAAAGAGGUCUUCAGCCAAACAUAAGGCAGCUCCGGAUGUAUCGGUCACAGUGCAGAGGUCAACAUCAGGCGUGGAGUCCCAGUGGACUUACUGCAGCCCUGGAGCUCGUAUCCCCUCGCCCCUGGGUCACGUCAGCGAGUCAGAAGAGUCCGACUGCUCCAGCCCCAGCCCGAUCAUUUUCUUGGAUGAGGUCGGGUACCAGAAGAGCAUGUUAGCUAAGCUGGACAUCCCCCAGGUGCCAGGGGGGCCCAGAGAGCGAGUGGAAGACUCAGACUCUGAGGUCAGUGAGUUCUUCGACAGCUUCGAUCAGUUUGACGACCUGGAGGAGCUGAGCUCUGAGAGCUGCACUCUCGCUCUCCCUCUGGACGCCGUCAGCGCCCCAAAAUCACACAAGAAGUCCGACAGUGGUGGAGCGGCGUGUAAAUACGUUUCCAGAGGAUGCUCAACGAAGGGUAUGAAUCCUCACCGCUUUGAUCAGCGCACUCUCCCGGCCAAUGUGAAGAAACCAACUCCUCUGAAACCGGGCUCUCCCUACUCGCCUCACUCCGAGGUGCCGGACUCCCCUCGGCCGAUGCAGACGCCCUCAGACGAGAAUGGCGGCCCACUCUUCAGUCCUGUCAGCUCAUCCGCCUUCAGCCCUCUGGUGGACUCAGGCGGACCUCUAGAAUACUUCUGGAAGACAGACGAGGAAGGACCGGACAGCUCAGAGUUACGUAAGCCCCAGGAUCUCUGCUCUCUGUAUAAGACCUACUCAGACUUCGCCAGCAGUCUGUCCAAAGAAAUUCUGGGAUCUGUGUGCGGCUACCAGUCAGCUGUCGACAUCAACGACAACAAGAACCUCAGCUGCGUCUGUCACAAGGAGUUCCAGAACCAGUCUGGCUACGUGAUGAAGCUCUCUGAGAUCCAGGAGACUGUCACGGUGGCCAAACUGCAGAAGAAGCCCCAGUCCCUGAAGGACGGUAUUCAGAGGUUCGCCACUGACCUGGUGGAGAUGAGCCUGGGCAGCGCCUUACGAGACCUCCAGAAAGGUGUGUCCUCCUGUACCACCACCUUGUGUCACCUCGCUGCCAGGCUCACCUCCUCCGUCUUUCAGAUGGCGUUCCACGAGAUCGGCAUGCGUCACGCUUAUGUACUAAAGGAACGGGCGAUCAACGGACUGGCGGGCUUCCUGGUGGGAGAGGCGGUGUCCGGCGCUCUGAAGGAGUUCCUGACGGUGAAGAAGCAGAAUUUCCACAACACCGUGACGCGCUUCGCCGCUGAUCUUGCUGAAGAGCUGGUGUUCGAAGGCAUCAUGGAGGUGUGCCAGUUCUCCCAUCCCUCCACCCCUCGCACCCCGAGCGAUUGGUCCUUUGGUCAGGGGCACGAGGAAGAAGAAGAGGAAGAAGAGGAGGUUGUUUCCUCCUACGCUUCAGACUUGUCCGAGUCUGUUAUCCAGGAGGCCUUCAUAGAACUCUCUCAAGCUGACGUUGCCUUCACAAGCCAAGCCGCCAUCAGUGUGUCUCAGGACAACAUCUGUUACGUCAGUGCAGAGAGCUCGAGCACGCUCACCUGCAGCACCUACGCUAACCAGCAGGUGCUGACCUCGAGCUCGGCUGCACCCACUCCAGGAACCUCCGGAGAGGACUCCACCUGCACGGUGAAGAAAGCCCUGUUCACCGUGUCCGGCAUGGCCAGCUGUAUCCCCGUGCCCCAGGCAGGCAAAGCCCUCAACCACCUCCAGGACCCCGAGGAGACCUCCCAGACUAAGACUAGCUUGUGUGAUCCCCAACAAUCCAGCAACACAAGAGUCGUAGUGUCUACGUCUGAUACAAACACUUCUACUCAACCUAGCAUUUACAGUCAUGGCACUCAAACCCCUGUUCCUGCAGGAGACCCCUCCCAAGGAAAGUCCCCCUUCCAAAACUUCUCUGGCAACAUGGUGGAUAUGAUCGUGACCGAGGCGUGUGAGCUGAUAACCUCCUCUAAGAUGAAGAAGAGUUUUGGUGACUGUGCUGAUUUCUUCACAAAGACAAUCAGCAGCCGACGGGACUCUUCUUCAAAGAAUGAAAACAUGAGUUUUGAUGCUCCGGACUCUCCUUCAAAGCAGGGAGCGUUCAGAUACGACUGCAGAGAAUCUGGGUUUGUGAGGAAGGGAGCGCCUGUAGAGCAAGCAGCAGACCUUAGCAUUCCUCACAUUUCCUUUCAAACAGGCUGUCAAAACCAGGGGAGAGCCAGCUGUGAGUAUAAUCCCAGAAGCAGAGGAGUGGCUGAAUCACAUCCUGUGCUGAUGGAUACUCUGGAUGUGCCGGGUACAGAGUCAGGGGGACAAAGGAGGAUAUCUGUUCCUAUGGAUGACUCAGUUCCAAGCCCCGGUCAGAAAUCGGGCGGGACUCCCAGCACUCCUCCCUCGACCCCUCAGCAGCCCAACGAGGUGUCCAAAGAGAAACAGAUAAAACAGUUCUCUAAGAAGCUCAAAACCAAGCUGGCUAAGGAGUUUUCCCCCGCUACCCCUCCACCCACCCCUCACGAUCAGCCGGAGCCUGGACCUGGACCAAAAGACACCACCCCCGAGGCGGACAAGGCUGAGUUCAUGCUCAAGCUGAUGCGGUCUCUCUCUGAGGAGGCGGGGGAAAAUGAGGAUGAAGAGGAGGAAGAAGCGCCAGAGGAUGGCGGUGCUGGCGUCUCCAAUAGAGGUUUGGACGCAGGGCGAGGCCGGCCUGACCCGAACCAGGUGGCCACUCGCAGAAUGUCCAGCAAGGAAGCGCUUCACUACGCCGAGCGGCUGGCUUGUCACAUUGUCUCGAUGGCGACAGAGAUGGACACCUUGGGAGGGGCAGAGGAGGAAGUAGACGUGAACAAGGGCGGGGAAAGAAGGAGAGACAGCGUGGCUCAGUUCUCGGAGCAGACCCUGAACACCUUGUGGGUGUACGCGGGCGAGGUAGCAGGGGAGGUCAUCAACGACGUGAAGAGGAUGGUGAGCUCUUCUCAGCAGUGUCCGUAUCACAGAACUCCCCGCAGACGCAGCUUCGACAGAUCCAACUCUGAGUGCUCCCAUCUCCACCAACACCUUCCUCCACCCGGUGCAGACCAGAACAGAGACUCCAGGAUGGGCAGGCUGGCUGAGCAGUGGUCUAACGACUUGAUUGCUUCUGUUUUCAAGUCCCCCAAGUCCACUUCAAGCACGGUGUCCAGCUCCAGCUCCGGGAUGUCCUCGGAGUAUCCCAGCUGUGAGAGCGUGACGGACGAGUAUGCCGGCUACCUCAUCAGGGUGCUGAAGAAAGAGGGAGGCAGUAGGGAGCUGGUCCUGGAUCAAUAUGCGAGCCGUUUGGCAUACCGGUCUAUAAAACUUGGCUUGGCUCACGCAAGCCGCAAGGUCAAACACAGAUCCUCUAUCAGCCGCCUUCACUCCUCACAGUCCUUACCGGAUGAAUGGAGAACUCCGAGUAACGAUGGCGUCACGACUAAUGACAAGUCUGAGUCAGCGGUUCAGCCUCCAGGCGAGGACGCUCACUGUAGCUGCAGGAGCCCUGAAGAGAAGAGUCAAAGGGACUACACAGACCUGGUCAACUUUGCAGAGUCUUUAGCUUACAACAUCACCUGCGAUGUCACACGAAAGCUGCAUCGCUCUUCAGUGCGGCUCCCCAAGUCCCUGACCGACUCCUGUCUCUAUAAGAAGUCCAAACUAGAAGACAUGGCAGACGAUCUCAUCAGGAACUCCUUCUCCUGCCCCCUGCUGUCCAAGGAGGGUAAGAGCAGGCACUACCACAGCACAGGGAGCCUGUACGAAGGGGGCUACAAGGGCCGCGUGAUGCAGGUCAUCGAGCAUUACGCCAGGAAGAUAGUGGACGACACGCUGCAGAUGAGCAUGGCUUCAGUUGGGUACUCAUCCAGGGAGAACCCAAGAGUCCAAGGCCACGAGAGACACUCCCACACCCAGAGGUUAUCUGAGGGACCAGUCCUGGGGGAGAGGACCUGCCGUUACUGUCAGAUCCAGGAGUGCCUGUACUGCACCAAACCUUGCCGGCACCACCACCAGCCUGCGCUGCAGAGGAGGAAGAGGGCGUCAGAGAGUCAGGGGAAGGCUGAAAGGGUGUCUGGACUGGAGAUUCCCAAGAUCCACAUCGACCUGGAUCACAGGGUGGCGUUCGCAGAGGAGAUGGUGUCCAUGGCGAUGGAGACGGCGAAACGAGAGCUGAGUAACACCAGCCUCAACGCUGACAGCGGCAUCGGUCAUGAUGGAGCGAGCUACGCCGAGAGCCUGACCGCUGAGAUCAUGACAUCAGCCCUGUCCAACGUCUGCCCGACCCCCAACAACAGCUUUCCAGGCAGAGAGGCCACUGAGUCCUCCGUGUCCCAGCAGCUGAGUGUAGGAGACGACAGUCUGGGAAGCUGGUCUAACCUGAGCUUCGAGGACGAGCACCUGGACGACAACAGCAGCUUCCUGCACCUCAGUGACAGCAAUGGGAACAGCAGCAGCUGGAGCAGCCUGGGCCUGGAGGGGGAGGCGUGUGAGGAGCGCAUGUCGUUCUCUCCCUCUGACAGUGACAACACAGAAGACAAGGAGGCCGAGGUCAAAGAGGAGUCCAGCGGGACUCUCUGCGUGGACCGGACUCAGGUGCAGGCUCCCAGGACCGCGCUGGUCAUAGUCAACUCGGAUUUCCUGGUCCCUCAACACGUGAGCCUGGACCCCCAGCUCAGGAGCAUGCUGCAGUGGGUGGCAGCCUCCAUGGCUGACAUCCCGCUGAUCCAGCUGAGUCCCGACAGAGAGCUGCAGCAGCUCCCGGCUGUGGUCCAAAGGCUCCGGGACAGGAAGUGGAGGGUGGGAGAGCUUCUGCACACGCUGCUGCGUUACUGUGAAGACAACCACAGUCAGUCCAGAGACGAGGCUCUGCAGGCGGGCAGAGAACCUCACCGCACCCCCCUCUUCCAGUGGCUCCUGGAGCACGCCUAGGACCGCUUCCUCCUCUCCUUUCCUCUCCUCCUCUCCUCCGUUUCAAACAGGGCUUUGCAAACUCCACGGCCCCUAGAGGGCGCCAUACAAAUCAGCUGAUGUAACCUGCUCUGAUGAAUGUGGGCGGCGUGUUUCUGCAUUGCAUGCUGUGACCGAGAGUACUUCUGUUGUGUUUGAUUUCCCACCUUCUGUUUUGUUGUGAAUCAGGGUGAUAUCAUUCGUGUUGAUUUAGUGAGCCGUCACUCCCGCCCACCUGCACCUCUGAUCGAAGCCCUCACACCUCGCUGCUGUCGUGCUCGAGCUCCAGAGAGAAAACAUGAUGCAGAGAGAGAGAGGGAGAGAGAGAGAGAGAGAGAGAGAUCCACACCCCAUCUGUUCCAGACAGACAGUGAGUGGAGGGAGAGAGAAUGUGUUUUCUGUUAGGGAAUCCCCGUCCGAAAGAACGCUGGGCGGUGAUGUCAUCCUACACCCACAGCUCACCUCUGUGGGGCCGUUUCCACAUGUUCAGAGACCAAGUGUGCGCACACAUCAGCAGACAACACCCUCAUGUUAUCAGAGAGGGAUCCAAAACUCGCUCUUACACUCUUACAUCCUCACGUAGUAUUCUAUAAUCGUAUUAACUCUCUCAGAAGGACUGCAGCUCAUUCAGAUCCGGCUCCAGUGAAGUGCUGCUUUAAACCAAACGCUGCCAUACACUUAAUGUUGGAUUUGAAAUCCUGCUUCUUGAGUAUUCUGCUGUAAUUUUGCAUUGAUGAUCAAAACAGCCAUGAUUUUGGCGUUAGAUGAAGUCGCCUCCUGCCAGUAUUGAUAUCCCCGUUCUGCUCGCCUCGCCUCAAUCUCCUCGGUCGUCCAACUUAGUAAACCUCUUAGGAUGAGCGGCGUUCACGAGGGGUUAAAAGAAGAAGUCUAUUUUUUUGAAGGUAGAGUUUAAAAUCAAACAUGAAAUGCUGCUCUUAAGGAAAGCCAUGAAAUCGGUUCGACGUUGCCAAAUGUAGCCCAGGAGGUGACUCUGCUGCCCUCCGGUCAUUCUCCGUCAGUGGUCCAGUUUGGGGAAGAUCCAGUGACGCAGACGGUGGAUCUUGUAGUAAUUAAAGACACCACUCCGGUCUGCACCUCCAGAACCACAAACCAAACAGCGUGUGCAUUGCUCAACCCUGGACUCACACAUUUCAGUCCGACAGUCACCCACACACCUCAGUCACCUUGUGGAAUGAAGAGCUCCAGAAUACCACAACUUCCACACACACAUACAUAUAUACACACACACACUUCCCCUGUUACUCACCAGCCCCCAUGCGUACGUCCAUGCACACAGCACUACCAGCUUCCUGCUGAGAUGCACUUUGAUAUUUUCCCAGAGGAGAGCCGAGGCGUUUCCAGCCGUGGAUUUCCUCCACUCCUCCGCUCUGCAGACCUUUAACGUGUUUAAUGAACCCUCACAUUACCCUCCCUCACACUCCUCCCUGAUGAAGGUUAUCGGGAUACAUUUUGGUGUUUCUAUUUAUUUAUUGCUUUGUUAAAUGAGGGACCUAAAGAGUGACGCCAUGCUGCAAGUGCAAGCUCCUCAGAUCUCCACUCGAGUUCAGAACACUGUAAAAAAUACCACAGCCUCAUGCCUCGAUUCUAAACUGUUCUAACGUGUUGGUGGUGGUGUUCACCUGCAUGGCUUCCACUUGAUUAAAGCUCAACAUUCUUCUUCUUCAUGUAUUGGCCUACACUGACUGACUCUUCAUUGAGCUCCUCCCCCUUUGUCACGGCUUUAGUAGGCCCGGCCGGUCUGUCAAGCUUUAUGAAUCCAUAUCCUGUAAAAAUAAUGGACGUAGUGUCCGUGUCCCAAGAACAGUUUCAUCAACAACAAAAAAAUAUAAUCCUCAUGCAAAAAAAACAUUUUUGCAGAGCAGUAUUAGAUUUAUUUAGGUGUUCCUAAUAAAACCUCAUCUGAGAAGAGACUUUGUAAGAAUUAAGAACUAUCAUUUGAAAAAGUCUGUGGUUGGCAUUUUGAGUGAAAGUGAGCUGGCCCUUUAAAAAUGAUUAACAGUGAGUUGGGACUUGUCUUGUUCAUUUCAAGUGCCAAUGAAAAAAGUUAAAUAGAUGUUUUAAUAUUCAACCUAUGAACAGUAUGUAAAGACCGCCUGUCAAUCAAGUCAGCCACGCCCUUAUAUGGGCAAAACUUGUAAGUUUAAUAUCUUCAAAAAUAACGAGUUUUAAUAAAUUCAACCAGGCUGUAAACAUGUUUAUUUCUGCUGUAAAGAUCGUCUCUUUGAAUGGGUGUGUAUAUGGUUUCCUGUGUUUCUGCAGCCAGCCUCUAGUGGACACUCAAGGAACUGCAGUUCUAUUAUUUUACAUAUGUAAUACCAGAGGUUGCCGCUUGUUGAACUCAUCCUAACUUCUGUCAAGCUAGUGUGAGGUAAAGAGGCGGGUCUUAAACUUCCUCGCUAACAGCUACAGUGUUGACGCCUGUCAUGAAGUCAGCUACGCCCUUAUUUGGGCAAAACUUUAAAGUUUAAUAUCUUUAAAAUCUAUAAAUAUGAAGCUAUUCAGACCUAAACUGUUUUUUGAACCAGACUGUAAACAUGUUUAUUUCUGCUGUAAAGAUCGUCUUCUUUGAAUGGAUGUGUAUGUGGUUUCCUGUGUUUCUGCAGCCAGCCUCUAGUGGAUGCUUGAGGAACUGCAGUUUUUAGCACUUCCGCAUUGGCUUCAUAUUUUAAAACCAGAGGUUGCCGCUUGUUGAACUCAUCCUAACUUCUGUCAAGCUAGUGUGAGGUAAAGAGGCGGGUCUUAAGCUUCCAAGCUAACAACUACAGUGUUCCCGCCUGUCAAUCAAGUCAGCCACGCCCUUAUUUGGGCAAAACUUUAAAGUUAAUAUCUUCAAAAUCUAUAAAUAUGAAGCUCUUCAGAUCUAAACUGUUUUUUGAACCAGGCUGUAAACAUGUUUAUUUCUGCUGUAAAGAUCGUCUUCUUUGAAUGGGUGUGUAUGUGGUUUCCUGUGUUUCUGCAGCCAGCCUCUAGUGGACGCUUGAGGAACUGCAGUUUUUAACACUUCCACAUUGGCUUCAUAUUUUAAAACCAGAGGUUGCCGCUUGUAUUCAGCCUAACUUCUGUCAAGCUAGUGUGAGGUAAAGAGGCGGGUCUUAAGCUUCCAAGCUAACAACUACAGUGUUCCCGCCUGUCAAUCAAGUCAGCCACGCCCUUAUUUGGGCAAAACUUUAAAGUUUAAUAUCUUCAAAAAUAUAAAUAUAAAGCUAUAAUAUAAAUAUGUAGCUAUUCAGACCUAAACUGUUUUUGAACAAGGCUGUAAACAUGUUUAUUCCUGCUGUAAAGAUCGUCUCUUUGAAUGGGUGUGUAUGUGGUUUCCUGUGUUUCUGCAGCCAGCCUCUAGUGGACACUCAAGGAACUGCAGUUUUUAGCGCUUGAUCCAGUCCAAACUUGUCCAGGUAGUGUCCCCCUAAUUAGUGAAGUUGCUUAAUUAUCGCUAACAAAUUCAGUUUCUGCCUUAUUCCUGUGUUAGCAAAGUAAAAUCUGUGUUUAUGUACCUGUUUCUGUGCAGGGACACAUGUUUGAUCAGGAGGACUUAAAGACAGUAUCCUGUAAAUGAUCAUUUUCAAAGUGCAUUAUUUUUCGUGCAACAUUUAAAAGCUUGACAGACAAACAGAGUCAGAAGGGGGCGGGGCUUAAUGAAGGGUCAGUGACCUGCAGUGACCUGUCCGUACCCACACUGCCUCACAGUAUGCUCCAGGCGUCUGCAGAUGCCUCGUCUGUUGCUGCUUCACCUGUCGGCUGCCAAACGCUCAUCUUAUACUCCAGGUGUUUGAUUUGUUUACACAUGAAGAUGAAUAUAUAUCAGAUGAUAACCCACUAUUUUUUAAAAAGCUAAAUAAAAAUCUGACCGUAGAAGAAAAGAAGAAGACACAGUGAAGUAUUAACCUGAGAGGUGUGAGAGUGCACAUAUCUUGGUUUACAUGGAAUGUAUUAAAGUGUUGGACUCUCAGAGAGCGCGUCACCUUGUACAGAAUCCCUCCCUGUGUGAAUGUGUAGAGUAGUUUUCCUCCACCUUUCUUUAUCUUUACAUUCCCGUUCAUCCUAAAUAACCUCCGGCUGUGUCGUGGUGUUUGUGAAAGCUGAAUGUGCUCCUCAGUGUAGCAGCAGGCUGUAGAUCUGCUCCUGUUGUCCCCAGUGUUACUUUCUGCCUCUCACAGGAACAUAAAGAGAGAGAGAGAGAGACGCACCGCACCUCCACUAACUUCUGUAUUCUCCUGCUUUCCUUGUAAAGUCCUGCCAAAUAAAGAUUUUUAAUAAAUUAUGUAAGUUAUAUAAUAGUGAGUUCACUACUUGUUCUCCCUCGUGGCAUUGCUGAGUAGUUUACACAUCCGGAGCUUGAAGUCAGAAACUAAACGUUUGUUUAUGUUAAAGCUUGGUGUGACAAUAAAGCUUUUUCAUGUGCUCUUA